ACAACAAUCUAUCAUCACUCUUUGUCUCAACUAUAUAUAUAAGACCCUCAAGCCAUUCCAUGCAUGCAAAACCAGUUUAUAAACAACCUUAAAUCAACAACCAUGAACCUUAAAUUGGUCAUUACCUUAACAAUUUGCUAUGUAAUUUACAUAUGCAAGAGCAAUGCUAUUGAUCCAUGUGCAUCUCAACCAGAUAACUCCGACCUCAACGUGAUUCCCAUGUAUGGAAAAUGCUCACCAUUCAACCCACCAAAAACUGAUUCAUGGGACAACAGAAUCAUAAACAUGGCCUCCAAAGACCCGGCCCGAAUGAGCUACUUAUCCACAUUAGUAGCCCAAAAAACCGCCUCUUCCACUCCAAUUGCUUCAGGCCAGGCUUUUAACAUCGGCAACUAUGUUGUCCGUGUCAAAAUCGGGACACCGGGUCAACUUCUCUUCAUGGUCCUUGACACAAGUACCGACGAGGCUUUUGUCCCUUCCUCCGGCUGCACAGGUUGUUCCGCUUCCGCCUCAACUUUCUCCCCGAACUCUUCCACUAGUUAUGUCCCAUUGGAUUGUUCGGUGCCACAGUGCGGUCAGGUCCGUGGGCUUUCAUGCCCGGCCACAAGCUCCGGCGCGUGUUUAUUCAACCAAUCUUAUGCAGGUUCUUCUUUCUCUGCCACACUCGUUCAAGAUUCUCUUAGAUUAGCUAAGGAUGUUAUCAGUAACUACUCUUUUGGAAGCAUUAACGCUAUCUCUGGUGCUUCGAUUCCGGCCCAAGGGCUUUUGGGCUUGGGCCGUGGCCCGUUAUCUUUAUUGUCUCAAUCCGGAUCAAUUUACUCAGGUGUUUUCUCUUACUGUCUUCCAAGUUUUAAAUCUAGCUAUUUUUCCGGUUCACUUAAACUCGGGCCCGUGGGCCAACCCAAAAGCAUCCGAACCACACCACUUCUUCGCAAUCCUCACCGUCCAUCUCUCUACUAUGUCAAUUUCACCGGAAUCAGUGUGGGUCGAGUAAAUGUUCCUUUACCUAACGAACAUUUAUCCUUCGACCCAAACACCGGUUCCGGGACCAUAAUUGACUCGGGCACCGUCAUAACCCGAUUUGUAGAACCAAUUUACAAUGCAGUUAGAGAUGAAUUUAGAAAACAAGUGACAGGACCAUUUUCAAACUUAGGAGCAUUCGACACAUGUUUCGUGAAGACCUAUGAAACAUUAGCACCAGCUGUUACGUUGCAUUUCACGGGCUUGGACCUGAAAUUACCAAUGGAGAAUAGUUUGAUUCAUAGCAGCUCAGGUUCGUUGGCUUGUCUUGCAAUGGCAGCUGCACCGAGUAAUGUGAACUCUGUGUUGAACGUGAUUGCUAAUUUUCAACAACAGAAUUUGAGGGUUUUGUUUGAUACCGUGAAUAGUAAGGUUGGUAUUGCCCGUGAGGUUUGUAACUAGGUAGCUAGUUAAGGUACUCAUUUGUAAUUUAGUUUGGAUGUUUUGUUGUUGUGGUUAAGGUGAAUAAGCUAAAGCUUCACAUGUUGUGUGUUUAUUCGUGUGAGUGUGAUUGUUACUCUCAAAGGGAGAACAAAAUUUUUUUUUUUUAACUUAGCCGAGUAAUUGUAAUUUUAAUAUUUAAAGAUGAACAAGUGAGACGUGGUUGGAACUCUUA